ACGAUUAAAUUUCCACCUUUACAAAUUCUGUAUAUAGCUAAAUGUGUGCUUAAAGUGCGUGUUCUAAAUACCCCCUCGAUAGUGUAUACACAAUAGGGAAGAAGAAUCACACGCGUCUUCUACUUAAACAUGUUUUCUUGCUGUCGCUGUGCCAAUAACAAUGCAAAAAAAGAUGCCAAAACAUCUAAAAAAGAUAAACAACAAAAAGCUGCUGCUGAUGCAGCCGCCUCAGAACAUAAAGACGGCGACGACGAAACAAUCGAUGGAAUAAUCGUCACCGAACCACCUGAAGAAGUGGAACAAGGGGUAAGUGAUGGAAAAACAGCAGAUAAAAUCCGUCAAACCCUGCCAACAUCAAAAUCCCCACCGCCACCCAUCAGCAGUGAUGCGAGUGGCGGCAACAACGACGACAGUGAUGAGCAAUUAAAUAGUGAGAAUGAAGUAAAAAAUCUACCAAGCGAUGGACGACGUCGACGGAUGAGUGAAUCGAUUCAGGAGAACAAUAAUCCCAGUUCGAAUGAAACGACUGUCUCAUCAGCAUCAACAACAGACGCAGCAGCACAGGACCCAGAGCAAAAACUAGAUGGCAAUGUAACGUCUGCCAAUGACACAGAUAGCCUUCAGGAUAUUCAUCACCACCAUCACAAACACACCGACAUCACAUCUUCAUCUAUAGUGCCUAAAAUUGGUGACGGUUAUUGUUGUACAAGUGAAAGCACUGUCACUAGUUGUAAUAAUCAUCAUUUAGACCAGACGUCAGUGUCAGUAUCGACAACAGAGACGACGACGACGACGACGACAACGUCGUCAAAUAGUAACGAAUCCUCGCCACCGUCGGCAACGCUGCCAUCACUGCCACGUUCACCGUUGCUAGUUACUACAGCUACAUCAACAUCCACAACAUCUACAUCGGCUACAACAGCCACAACUGUCAAUGAAGUUCGACCAAAAAGCUGUUUGUCACGUCACAAUUCGACGAGAUCAUCAAUCAAGAAACGGGUCAAUAUUAACAAUAGCACAGAGAUAAUAUCAACACCUGAUUUGCCAUCGAUAGAUGACGAUGAAGUGUUUUCUGAUUCGAUGCCACCGCAAAAGCGUGAGAAUAUGUGCGCGCCAUAUGUGGAAAAUGGUAGUGAAGGCAGCGGCAUGCAAGGACGCUUUGGUUUGCCAGAGUGGUUUAAUGAGGAGCGAUUUAAUGAUUUUAACUUCAUGGAUCCACCUGUUACGCCUGUCGGCAGGGAUGAAUUAGAGCUUCGUCGUCAUCGUAUUUAUUCGGAUUUAAUAACGGCAGCAGAAGCAGCAGUGGGCAAUCGGGUUCGUUUUAAUCCGUUGGGCCCUGAUAUAGCAUCCGAAGAGUGCGACCCAGAUUUCCGACCUUCGGUAACAGCGGAUCUUGAAAGUUUACUCAAUCGUUUGGAACAUCUCGUUGAACGUUUAGAACGAUCAGUAUCAGCACGUGAGCUACAAAUAGCAAAUCAAACGUUUGAUUCCGUUCUCGAAAAGAAACGUGCCAGUUUUGAUUUGGAAUCCACAGAAUUACCUCCAAUACCAAAUCCUGAACUUGAAACUAACUCCCCACAGGACAAAUCACAGAAUCUUAACGCACGCAUUGAACGAAUUGAGUCUUCCCUUAAUAAGUUCAACGAUAGCUUUAGCAAAGAAAACGAGAACGAUAUUGACGGUAGUUUAGAAAAUAUUCCAACAACAGUACUCGAAGAGUUCCUACCAGACGAUAAUCAGGAUUCACCUUUGCCGCCACCUCCGCCGCCAAUAAGUGAAAGUAUGAGUGUAUUAGGCUAUCAAGAUAUUGUCCAAGGACCAUUGAGUCAAUAUUUGGCUCUGUCGCAAAAGAUUGGUGGAGAUGUUGCAACACAUGCCAAACUUGUCAAGGCUGCAUUUGAUGCCCAAACUCAAUAUGUUAUGCUGGCGACUGAGAGUGCAAAGCCUUCGCAGGAUAAGCAAAUGGAAUUGCUGAAACCAACAUCAGAUCAAAUUUCCGCUAUUCAAAGUUUCAGGGAGAAAAAUCGUGCAUCGCCGUUCUUCAAUCACUUGUCGGCAAUAAGUGAAAGUAUUCCAGCGCUCGGUUGGGUUUGUGUUUCCCCAACACCUGGACCUCAUGUCAAAGAAAUGAACGAUGCCGGUCAAUUCUACACCAAUCGUGUUUUAAAAGAUUGGAAAGAGAAAGAUCCCACCCACGUUGAAUGGGCCCGAGCAUGGGUUCAAACACUCACCGAACUACAACAGUAUAUCAAACAGUAUCAUACCACCGGUCUUGUUUGGUCUGGAAAAGGAGCACCAGCUGGUGUUCCUCCUCCACCACCAUCAAUGGCUGGUUGCCCACCACCACCACCACCUCCUGCAUUUGAUUUGGCUGCCAUGUCUCUAAACGAUGGAUCUGGUGAUGAGCGUAGUGCGCUUUUUGCAGAGAUCAAUCAAGGAGAGAAUAUUACUAGAAAUUUGAAGAAGGUUACUGCUGAUAUGCAAACUCAUAAAAAUCCAACUCUGCGUACAGGACCGGCACCCUUCAAGGCUCCACAACAUGGAGAGAAACCAGCGGUUCCCCCUAAGACUGUCACCAAGGAACCUGUAUUUAAUCGUGAUGGCAAAAAAUGGAUCAUUGAACACCAAAAAUCAAAUCCAAAUUUGUUGGUUGAAAACGCUGAAAUGAACAAUGUCGUUUAUAUGUUCAAGUGUGAAAAUUCAACUCUGACUGUCAAGGGUAAGGUGAAUAAUGUAGUGAUGGAUUCUUGCAAGAAGUGCUGUUUACUCUUUGACUCUGUAGUUUCGUCAAUUGAGUUUGUCAAUUGUCAAAGCGUUCAAAUGCAGGUUCUUGGAAACGUUCCAACUGUGUCAAUUGAUAAGACCGAUGGUUGCCAAAUGUAUUUAUCUAAGGAUUCUCUAGGUGUUGCAAUUAUUAGCUCGAAAUCUUCCGAAAUGAAUGUUUCUAUUCCCAUGGCUAAUGGAGAUUUUAUGGAGCAAGCACUGCCCGAGCAAUUUAGGACAACAAUCAAAGGAAAUACUCUUCAAACUGUUUGCGUUGACAGCCUUGGUUAAAUUUUUUAAUCAUAUCCAACGCACAAUACCAAAUCAACUGAGUAGCAACCACCCCCACAACAACAACCGCCAAACGUUGAGAGAACACAUUUUUUUUAGAUAUCAUCAAAUUCAAAUCAUAAUAAUACUAUAAACUAAAAUAUAUAUUAAUAAUUAAUACUGUAAAGAAAAAAUUUUCUACUAAUUGUAUGCGUGAAGUAAAAGUUAUAAAAAAAGCCAUUUGGCUGAAAAAGUA